AUGAAUCAACAUCGAACACAUUUUGAAGAUUUACCGAAUGAACUUUUUGGUAUAAUUUUCGAAUAUCUAGCACCACAUGAUCUACUUCAUGGAUUUAAGAAACUCAAUCGACGGUUUCAAUCGAUACUUAUUCAACAGCCACUAAGUUUACCAAACAAUCGAUCGAUGAGUUAUAAACUUUAUUGUAAUUAUUUAACUAAAAUUAUUCCAAGAUAUAUUUCACAAAUUGUUUAUCUUCAUCUCUCUGAACGACGUGCUCCACAUGCAGUUCAACAGUUCAUUGAUAACGUACCAUUAGACAGUCAGUUUUGGCCUGCGUUAAAAGCAGUAACCAUUGAAGAUGUUCCACGUGAUGUCUUUGAAACACUUCUUGCUGAUUGUUCAUUCUUAGCGAACAUUCAAUCAUUAACAUUGGACAGUGGUUUUCAACUAUAUCAUUGUGAUGAAUACAAUGAAUGUGAUGAUUUUGGUAUUGUUAUUCCAAUUCUUGAUUCUUUACCUGAAUUACGUUCACUUUACUUACGAAUUGUUAAUCGACCGGUUAUCUAUGUUAAUUCAACAUCCCAUGAACUUUCUUCUAGAAUGGAUAUUCAUCAAAAUCUACAAAUACUUUCUAUUAAUGAUUGUUCUAGAGAACUACUAGUUGAAUUCUUGAACAAUGGCUAUCUACCACAACUACGUCAAUUACAUGUUUCAAUUACAUGUCACAAGCGUAGUGAUAUGUCAAUCGAUCUACCAAAUCCGAUUCCAUUGAAACAAGUUUUUGCGCCUGAAUUACGUCAAGUGAACAUAAAACUAUUCACUGGUGUGACUUGGUUUUUAAUAUUUUUCGAAGAUCUUCAACGGCAUAGUCAACUGGAUUGUUUCAAUUUAUCAGGUCAUGUACGAUUCACUAACAAUAGUAGUUUUCCUCGAGUUGCAGCAUUACAAAGAUGGUUAACAUUGACAAAAUCAAAUAUAUUUCAAUUUCGAAUGAAACUAAGUGCUAAUUAUAAUCUUGGUGCUCAAUCAGUUCUAGAAGAUAUCUGCGCUGAAUAUCGACGAGCAACUGGUGAUGAAUAUUCAGCAGGAUAUGGAAAUAUAGAUAUUCGUUAUCCUGAAAUGUCUUUUUCGUAUCCACCAGUAAAGGAUGAUAAUAUUGCAGAUGAACCAGUAGUUAUGGAUGAAGGUGAAGAUAAUUCAACCAGUAGUGAUAAUAAUAUUUCGGAUGAACCAGUAGUCAUGGAUGUAGAUGAAAGUAAUUCAACGACGAGUGAUGAGUGGUUUCGAGGUGAACCAUUGGAUGAAAAUAUUAAAGAAAUGGAACUUUCUGAAUGCGAUUAUGUCAAUAAUGGAUUAUUCAAAGAAUUACAAGAAAUACCUUGUUGGCAUCGUUUACAGAGAAUUACGAUCGAUUAUGAAGUUCCUAUGAAUGAAAAUUAUGUUUUUGGUAAGAAACUCACACGUUUAGCACAUGUUGUUCAAUGUUCACCACAACUACGAGAACUUUACAUCGAACAAAAUUUACAAUAUGGUCGUGCUCUAGCAUCGAAUACAGAACUUGGUAUUUUACUUGCCUGUAAAUUGGAAGUCUUUUGUUAUACUGUCAGUCAUGACAAUAGUUCACUUGGUGAUCUUGCUCAAAUUGUCGAUACUCUUUUUAGUCAUUCAUCGUUACCACCUUGUUUAAAAGAAUUAAUUUUAAAAGUUAAUGGACAUCCAAGUACUUGGCUUUCUACGAAACAUUUAGUUCGAUGGAUCGCCAAACUCUUCAAACGUUUUCCUGUUUUAAUUCAUUUUACUUUAAACUGUCAACCCCGUGAAGCCUAUGAGGAUAAUGAAUAUAGUUUAUCAAAAUUAGCUCCUAAAUGGUUUGGUGUUUCUUUACUUAGUCGACGAAUACGACCAGGUCAAAUAGAAUACAGACAUAAACCACAUUCGCUUGAUAUUUGGUUGUAA